AUGCCAACCUAUGAAAAUAGGUAACCUUACAUUAUUAACACAAAAAACAAAAAAAAUAAGUCUGUACCAUUGCCUAAAACUCCUAGGAGAGAAUAUUCCUAAAUAUCUAGCAGAUUUCAAAAAAUCAAAUUUUUGGGAAAAGGCAAAUAUAGUGAUGUUUAUAUGGCAGUGUAAUAAUUAUUAAGGAUUUUUAUAGUGAUAGAAUAACCAAUUGUAUAUUUGCAAUCAAAAUAAUAAAGAAGUCAAUCAUUAAUUAAUUUAAUCUCUAGAAUUUGUUAACUUAAGAGAUAAAAAUAUUAUCAUAAAUGAGUCAUCCAAAUAUUAUGAAAUUUUAUGGAGUGAUUAGUGAUGAUAAAGAAUUAGCUAUUAUUUUAGAGUGUUGUGAAUCUUCAUUAUACAAACUUUAUGAUAAAUUAGAUUAAAUAAAUGAAGAGUAGAAAUUAUAAAUAAUUUUUGAAAUACUUUAAGCAUUUUCGUAUUUACAUGAUAAAAGUAUUCUUCAUAGAGAUGUCAAACCUGAAAAUAUCAUGAUGAUUUAAAAUCAUAUAAAAGUGGGAGACUUUGGUUUAGCAAUUAAAUUGAAAAUAAAAGAAAAAAUGAAAUCUAUUUGUGGAACUCCAUAAUAUAUGGCACCAGAAGUAUUUAAAGGAUUAGAAUAUGAUAUUAAAGCUGAUUGUUAUAGUUUAGGUGUUAUUAUAGAGGAAUUAAAAUGUAAAAGUAAUGAAAUUAGAAAUAUGGUUCAUAUAUUUAAAUAAAAUGAUUGCAAUCUAAGGGGAAAUGUUAAGGAUUUUUUGUAAUUAAAAAUAUUUUCGAAAGUGAAAUAAAUUCUUUCAUAAACUAUAUUUAAAUGA